AUGUUCUUGAAUCUCCUUGGUCGGGCUGUAUAUGGCCUCAUGCAACAUAAACUCUACUCUCUUGCUGGAAUCCUCAUCUUAACACUUGCUUACUGGACCCACGCCUACCUAACGAGCCCCUUCCGCAAACAAAAUAUCCCUGGCCCAUUUCUGGGCAAGUUCACGAAUGCCUAUCGCUGGUACUAUGUUAUGCGCCACACCUGGCACAGGGACUUGAUGGACCUGCACAAGAAGUAUGGCCCGCUCGUGUGGAUUGCACCGAACGAUAUCUCGGUCUCGGAUCCUAGUCUCAGGAAUGUGAUCUAUGGGUUUCAAAAUCAUAAGAAGGACUUUACGUUCUUCAGGAAGUCGCACUCGUACGAAACUGGGUCUAUCAAUCAGGAUUUUAGUUUUAUUUUCGAGCAAGACCCCGAGAAGGCUCGGCUGGGAAAGUAUUAUAUGUCGCAUUUUUAUUCGGAACAGGGGUUGUUGAAUCUUGAGGAGAAUUUUGAUAAGGCCGUGAAUGAGUUGAUCGAAGGUCUUGACAAACAUCAUGCGAGGACCGGGACUCCCUGCAAGAUGGUUGACUGGGCGGAGUUCUUCGCUUUGGACUUGGUUGCACAGAUUACGGUAGACCGGUCUGCGGGGUUUUGCCUUGCUGGUAAAGAUGUCAACAACGCGGCUUAUGGAAUGAGGGUUAUUAUCAAAACCGUUGGUGCUCUUAUGCCGUUGCCAUGGGUGUUGUCGGCUACUUCCCGUGCUAUCCGUCAGAAUCUUUUACUCAGGUUUUUGAUCAAUCUUUAUCGCAACGUGUUGCUCUUGCCGACAUUUACGUUUGAUACUGGGAUUGCGGAUCUUAAAACCCUGGGGGAGAAGAAUCCCAAACACCUCUUGGCGAAGUUUUACAAUGCGCAGAGUAAGAUGAGGGAGCACUAUCCUCAUGGCAACCAAGCGGAAGGCACAACCAUUCAAGUCUUCAACUUAAUUGCCGGCGCAGUGGGCGCAGUCCCGCAUACCCAGGUAAAACUAAUCCACGAACUCACCCUUCACCCUGAGAUCCUGCAAAAGGUUCGCGAGGAGCUCGCAACAACAGACAACACGUUUCACCUCGAAGACUUCAUCCGCCACAACGGCCGCCAAAACAAGUACCCUAUCUUCGAAUCCGCUGUGCGCGAGGCUGUACGUCUCUCGCCCGCCGUCGCCUUUUCCCUGUCCCGCAAGGUUCCCCCAUCCGGCUGCCAACUCCACCAAUACCACAUCCCGCCGGGCUACAACGUUGGCAUGGCCGCUUACCAGGUCAACUACGAUGAGGGCUACUUCGGCCCUGACGUUGCGCAGUUCCGCCCAGAGCGCUGGCUGGAGGACCACCCGACCGAGAUGCUCGAAGGUGAAAAGCGUAGUAUGAAGAACUACAUCGAGGCCGGCUGGCUUAGCUUUGGCUCUGGCGGGAGGGUGUGUAUUGGGAGACAUCUCGCCAUGUUCAUGAUGAUGAAGUUCACUGCUGCUGUAGUUCGCGAGUUUGAUAUUCGCGUUGUCAAGCAACCGGUGGAGCAUCACACGCUUGUUACUGAGAUGCUAGGAAUGGAGGUUUUGCUUAGCAGGAAGUGUGCCGUCCGAGUUGGUCAGCAUGAUGGGUAAAUAGGGAUGUGCGUCUGGCGGAUGGAUGCAGUAGAUAAAAAUGAGGGUGAUGGUUGAUGGCGGUUGAUGCAUGUUUUUCUUAUCGGAUUUCGGGACCGCUUUUUUUAUAUUCCUAUGUUUUUGACUAGAGGGUGGGCAACUAUGUUCGUUCUUUGCGCUGGGCAUGGGGAGUUUUGCUUCUUUUUAUUCGACCCAUUUACUUGCGUCUCUGUCCUUGAACAGCACUGGAAGAACCGGGUGGGGGGGAUUGUACAUUCAUUUUUUUCUCUUUGAAUAUAUUUUAAAUUCCCUUCGA